AUGGAUAAUUUCCAAAAGGUGGAGAAGAUUGGAGAGGGCACUUACGGGGUGGUGUACAAGGCGAAGAACAAGGUGACGGGAGAAGUGGUGGCCCUUAAGAAAAUCCGUCUGGACACUGAGACAGAGGGCGUCCCCAGUACUGCUAUUCGAGAGAUCUCUCUACUCAAGGAACUUAAUCACCCCAACAUUGUCAAGCUGCUGGAUGUGAUCCACACAGAAAACAAACUCUACCUGGUUUUUGAAUUUCUGCAUCAGGACCUGAAGAAGUUCAUGGAUGCAUCUGCGCUAACAGGCAUCCCUUUGCCCCUCAUUAAGAGCUACCUGUUUCAGCUCCUCCAGGGUCUAGCCUUCUGCCACUCUCACAGAGUCCUCCAUCGAGAUCUCAAGCCCCAGAACCUCCUCAUCAAUGCUGAAGGCUCCAUCAAGCUGGCCGACUUUGGACUAGCCAGGGCCUUUGGAGUACCUGUUCGCACCUACACUCAUGAGGUGGUAACCCUGUGGUAUCGAGCACCAGAAAUCCUCUUGGGCUGUAAAUACUACUCAACAGCUGUAGAUAUAUGGAGCCUGGGUUGUAUCUUUGCUGAGAUGAUUACUCGUAGGGCCCUAUUCCCUGGAGACUCUGAAAUUGACCAGCUGUUCCGGAUUUUUCGGACACUGGGGACACCAGAUGAGGUAGCUUGGCCAGGAGUGACCUCUAUGCCUGAUUAUAAGCCCAGCUUCCCUAAAUGGGCGAGACAAGAUUUCAGUAAGGUGGUGCCUCCAUUAGAUGAAGAUGGACGGAGCUUGCUAUCGCAAAUGCUGCACUAUGACCCUAACAAGCGUGUUUCAGCCAAGGCAGCUCUAACUCAUCCCUUCUUCAUGGAUGUUACUAAGCCUGUACCCCACUUGCGACUCUGAGCCAUGCUGUGCCCUUACCCCCCAAUCCUAUCCUCACCUUCUAGGGUAGACCAGCCCUGGCCUGGCUCUGGGCUGCUUGAACUUAGAUAGGGGUCAGGGGAGAGCCACUUUUGGCUGCCCCUAACUCUCAGCUUACCUUCUCAUCUUUUCCCACUCUACCCAUUUUAGGGAUAGGUGGGGAUUGGGAGGGGUAGGAAAUGAAAGGGAGAUUCAGUAUUCAGUGCACUUAAGCCAACCUCUGCCUUCCACUGCCCCCUUUUAGGGCAUGAGCAGUGAGACAGACCCUGCAGCCUCAGCUCCUGAUCUAUGCUGAGGGGGAUGGACAAGACAGGACCUCAGGGCUCCCUACUGUCUUAUAUACCACCCCCCUACCUAGGACUUCUGUCUGGUGAUGAUUGUCUCCUGAGUUUGGGAGUGACACAUAGGAUUUUCAUCAUACCCCUCCCAUCCUCCUGCUGCUACUGUUUAUAUAGGACCUACUAUAAGCAGAGGGCUAGGUGGGAAGCUUUGAAAAAACAUUCCACA